AUGGGGAUCCUCUCCAUGCAGCAUCCGACUCAACAUCAGUCACACCACUCGCGACCGUCGAGCGUGGUCAACCAACAUCACCACCCUCAGGCCCAUCCACCGCCGUCGCAACCGCCGCCGCCGCCGCAGCAGCAGCAGCACCAGCAGCAGCACCAGCAGCACCAGCAGCACCAGCAGCACCAGCAGCAUCAGCAGCAUCACCAGGGCGCGUACUCUGGCCACUCUCUCGCUCAGCACUACCAGUCCGGUGGCCAGCACUCUGGUCCGCCAGAGGCCAUCCCCUACUAUAAUCAUCCGAGCCCCUACAGCACGGCGAGUGCAAACGGCGGAUACGCAUCCGCAGACACCUCCGAGAUGAUGGCCGCCGCCCAAAUGCCGCGCCCCCCCUACCCUCCCAUGUCCUAUCAUACUCCCCAGUCCAACUCGCCGGCCUCGGUCGCCUCGCCGUCGCAACAUGACCAGCACCGGAGCAUCUAUGGACAGCCUCCGCCCCCCCAGCACAUGGCGCAAUCCCUCUACUACCCUCCCCAGCCUCAGUACCAGUCGAUGCCGCCGCAGACGACAGGCUCUCCGUACCCGCAACAUGCGCCGCACCACCAGCACCCCCAGCACCACCCUCAGCAUCACCCUCAGCACCACCCUCAGCCGCCCAUGACAUCGCAGCCGAGCAUGAUGAUGUCCCACCCGGCACCGCACAACCCCAUGGCCCAGCAGCACGCUCCCCAGCAUGCGCAGCCUCCCAUGAGCAACAGCCCGCGGCCCAAGCUGGAGCCCCAGCUGCCCCUGCAGCUCCACAAGCCUCAGUCGUCGCCCAUGCCCCCGGCCCACCACGCCGCCAACGGCGGCCAGCUGCAGAGCCCCGGGAACCCGGGCCCGGUUGUGAACCCCAACGCGGCACCCGGUCCCAUCCCGGCCACGACCCCUCCCGUGGUGAGGCAGGACGGCAACGGCGUGCAGUGGAUCGCCUUUGAGUACUCGAGGGACAGGGUCAAGAUGGAGUACACCAUCAGGUGCGACGUCGAGUCGGUCAACACGGACGAGCUCACGUCCGAGUUCAAGCAGGAGAACUGCGUGUACCCGCGGGCGUGCUGCCCCAAGGACCAGUACCGCGGCAACCGGCUCAUGUACGAGACGGACUGCAACCGCGUCGGCUGGGCCCUGGCGCACCUCAACAUCCCGCUGCGAGGCAAGCGCGGCCUGAUCCAGAGGGCCGUCGACAGCUGGCGCAACAGCAACUCGGACCCCAGGCUCCGCAGCCGCCGCGUCCGCCGCAUGGCCAAGAUCAACACCCGAAAGUCGGUCCAGUCGUCGCCUCACCCGGGCUCCCUCGCCGGACCUCCGAUGCCCGUUCCCGGAACGGCUCAGUCCGGACUGCCACCCGUGCCCGGACACAUGGGUGGCCCCGGCCCGCACAUGGGCAAGCCGGGGCUGGCGGGCAUGGGUCAGGCCCUCCACAGCCACCACCCUGGUGCUCAUCAGGACCAUACGGGUCAAGCUCCGGGUGACGAAGUCGACGUGAGACAUACCCAAGUCUUUACGGGGUACCCGGCCCCACCCAUGCCCGGUUCCCACCAGGGAUAUCAUCACCAUGCGGGGGCACCGGGAGCGCCACCGCCGAUGCAUCACGCGCCUCCACACUACGGAGGAGCCACCCCGGCAUACGCGGCCGCGACCGCAGCCGCAGCCGCAGCCGUCGGCGCAGGCGCGAGGAAGGACAAGCAUCGGCGAGCAGGUGCCGCCGGUGCGGUGGAUGACGAGGAAGUCGAGGACGGUGACGUUGACGGCCUGUUCCCCAACGUACCCGCCGCCAGGAAGCGCAAGUUCAUCCUUGUCGAGGAGCCGGACAGCAAGCGCCGUCUCAGGGUGAGGGCCACGCUGCAGUACCAGGAUACCGAGGGCAUGCCGGACGGGUUCAAGAGGGACGCGAGCGUCUACCCCCGGAGCUUCUUCCCGCGGGAGAUGAUCAGCGAGCCCGCGGGCGUCACGGGGGCGAGAUUCUUUACCGACGACGUCGACGUCGACGGCGGCGGCGGCGGCGGCGCCCAGGAGACCGAGGGGAGACGCCGCGGGAGAUCCGGAAGGGGCGGCGCCGGUCGUCGGGCGGCGGCGGCCAUGGUCAGCGUCUCGGGCGUCAGGGACAAGGUUGCCAUCCCGCAGAUGACGAGGGCUCGGAGGAGCAGGGAGUUCAAGAUGAACGAUCUAGGGUAUCGGAUGAAGUGGCUCCAGGCCAGGACGUUUAAUGGACGGAACGUCUUUCUGCAGCGAGCUCUGGACUGUUACCGCGACAAGACUUGUACCGCCAUCGAGAAUGCCCAGGCCGACGUGCGCGAGGUGGCACCGCACUUUGAGAUGAGGGCUGGCAAGAGGCGGUGGAACGAGAUGAAGCGUUCUCGUGGCGAUGAUGAGUGA